UGCAACUUUUUUUGUGUGUGUGGCGCAGUUUUUUUCACGAGCGGAGCGCAGCAGCGGCGGCGAGAGUCACUGGGGUCUCUCAUUACGCUGCAGACGAGAGAAGCGGCGGAGAGGCGGGCGCGCGUGAUAGACCCUCCGUAGCACCAACGCGCCGCUCUAAGGGCGCGUGCGUCCUGCGGUAGCAAGGACAGCAACCGACGGCGGCAAGGGGAGUAGACGAGCCACAUCGGUGUGUCCGGAGAUCGGAGCGCGCGGCGUGGAGAGGAGGCAAGAGGCAUGCGACCCAUCUGCGUCGCGUGUGCGGCGCUCUGCCUGCUGCUGCUGUCCCUGAUCGGUUCCCACGCGGCGGCGGUGGCGCCCGCAGAGCUGCCCGGCGGCGCGGCCCGCGGCGCCGCGGGGAGCGAGUGCGCGUGCAGCGGGACGCAGUUUGCAUGCGCGCUCACCGCGCAGGGGGAGUGCGCGUGCAUCCCCGAGCAGUGGCAGUGCGACGGCGACAACGACUGCGGCGACCACAGCGACGAGGACGGAUGCAUGCUGCCCACCUGCUCCCACCUGGAGUUCCAGUGCCACAACGGGAAGUGCGUGCGGCGCUCGUGGGUGUGCGACGGCGACAACGACUGCGGCGACGACUCGGACGAGCAGGAUUGCCCGCCCAGGAAGUGCGAGGAAGACGAGUUCCAGUGCAAGAACGGCUACUGCAUCCGCAGCCUGUGGCACUGCGACGGCGACAACGACUGCGGAGACAACUCUGACGAGCAGUGCGGUGAGACGAAGUGCUCCGACAAGGAGUUCACCUGCAGCGACGGAGGCUGCAUCGCCGAGCACUGGUUCUGCGACGGCGACAGCGACUGCAAGGACAGCUCGGACGAGGCGCGCUGUCCCUCGGAGGCCCCGUCCGCGCCGUGCGGCCAGGAGGAGUUCCGCUGCGCCUACGGCCGCUGCAUCCUCGACAUCUACCGCUGCGACGGGGACAACGACUGCGGCGACUGGUCCGACGAGACCGACUGCGCCACGCAGCAGCCGUGCCGCGCCGGGGAGUUCCUGUGCGGGAACGGGAUGUGCAUCAACGCGGCGUGGCGAUGCGACGGGGACGCCGACUGCGACGACCGCUCCGACGAGAGGAACUGCUCGGCCAUGGCCUGCGGGACGGAGCAGUUCCGCUGCGGCCCGGGGCGCUGCAUCCGCGUGUCGUGGCGCUGCGACGGCGAGGACGACUGCUCCGACGGCAGCGACGAGGCCGGCUGCGAGAGGACGGACCCACCUCAGUGCGCCACUGACCAGUUCGCCUGCAGCUCGGGACGCUGCAUCGGCCAGAGGAAGGUGUGCAACGGCGUGGCCGACUGCUCCGACGGCAGCGACGAGGCCCCCCACCAGCAGUGCCGCACCGACUCGGCAUCCGAGAGCUGCAACGUCAACAACGGCGGCUGCGCCCACAAGUGCCAACAGGCGCGCGGGGCGGUGCAGUGCUCGUGCCACACGGGCCACCGGCUCGCCGACAACGGCAAGGACUGCCACGAUGUGGACGAGUGUGCGGAGGAUGGGUACUGCAGCCAGGGCUGCACCAACACGGCAGGAGGGUUCGAGUGCUGGUGCGAGCAGGGCUACGAGCUGCGGCCCGACAAGAAGGGCUGCAAGGCGCUCGGCCCCGAGCCGGUGCUGCUGUUCGCCAACCGGAUCGACAUCCGGCAGGUGCUGCCGCACCGCUCUGAGUACACGCUGCUGCUCAACAACCUGGAGAACGCCAUCGCCCUGGACUUCCACCACGCGCGCGAGCUCGUCUUCUGGUCGGACGUGACGCUCGACCGCAUCACGCGCGCCUACCUCAACGGCAGCAGCGUCACCGAGGUGGUGUCCACGGGGCUCGAGAGCCCAGGCGGUCUGGGCGUGGACUGGAUCCACGACAAGCUCUACUGGACCGACUCGGGGACGUCGCGCAUCGAGGUGGCCAACCUGGACGGCUCGCACCGCAAGGUGCUGCUCUGGAGGAACCUGGAGAAGCCGCGCGCCAUCGCGCUGCACCCGCUGGAAGGCACGCUCUACUGGACUGACUGGGGUAGCACCCCGCGCAUCGAGUACGCGAGCAUGGACGGCUCGCACCGGCGCGUCAUCGCCAACACCUCGCUCUUCUGGCCCAACGGCCUCACCAUCGACUACGCCGGGCGACGUAUCUACUGGGUCGACGCCAAGCACCACGUGAUCGAGCGCGCCGACCUCGACGGGCGCAACCGCAAGGCCGUCAUCAGCCAAGGCCUGCCGCACCCGUUCGCCAUCACAGUGUUCGAGGACAGCCUCUACUGGACCGACUGGCACACGAAGAGCAUCAACAGCGCCAACAAGUUCACGGGCAAGAACCAGGAGAUCGUGCGCAACAAGCUGCACUUCCCCAUGGACAUCCACACGCUGCACCCCCAGCGCCAGCCGGCCGGAAAGAACCGCUGUGGCCGGAACAACGGCGGCUGCAGUCACCUCUGCCUGCCCAACUCCGAGGGCUUCACCUGCGACUGCCCCACCGGCUACCGCAAGGCCGACUCGCACACCUGCUCCGAGCGGCUUGACAAGUUCCUGCUUUUUGCCCGAAGGACGGACAUCCGCCGGAUCAGCUUCGACACGGACGAGCGCUCCGACGACGUGGUGCCGCUGGCCGACGUGCGCAGCGCCGUGGCGCUCGACUGGCACGAUCGCUCCGAGCACAUCUACUGGACCGACGUCAUCACCGACACCAUCAGCCGUGCCAAGUGGGACGGCUCCGCGCAGGAGGUCGUGGUGGACAGCAGCCUGGAGAGCCCGGCGGGGCUGGCCAUCGACUGGGUCACGGAGAAGCUCUACUGGACGGAUGCAGGCACGGACCGCAUCGAGGUGUCGGCGCUGGACGGGGGCACGCGCACCGUGCUCGUGUGGGAGCGGCUCGACCGCCCCCGCGACAUCGUCGUGGAGCCCGUCUCUGGCUACAUGUACUGGACCGACUGGGGCGCAAGCCCCAAGAUCGAGCGGGCCGGCAUGGACGGCUCGGAGCGAGCCGCCAUCAUCAGCGCCAACCUGACGUGGCCCAACGGAUUGGCCAUCGACUACGACACCGGCCGCCUCUACUGGGCCGACGCGGGCAUCAAGACCAUCGAGUACUCGAAGCUGGACGGCACUGGGCGGCAGGUGCUGAUUGACACUCAGCUGCCUCACCCCUUCGGCCUCACCGUGUGGGAGGGCCGCGUGUUCUGGACGGACUGGCAGGCCAAGAGCCUGCAGAGCGCCAGCAAGACCACGGGCCUGGGCCGCGUGACGCUGCGCGAGAACCUGGAGAACCUCAUGGACGUGCACAUGUUCCACCGGCAGCGGCCAACCGUGGCCACCGCGUGCCUCCACAACAACGGCGGCUGCAGCCACCUGUGCCUGCUGGCGCCGAGCGGAGCUCACAGCUGCGCCUGUCCCACGGGCAUCACCCUCAACUCGGACGGCACCACCUGUGCCCCAGGCAUGAAGAGCUUCCUGAUCUUCGCGAGGAGGACGGACAUCCGCAUGAUCUCCUUCGACGUGCCGUACUACGCCGACGUGGUGCUGCCGCUCAACGGCUCGCUGAAGAACGCCAUCGCCGUCGGCGUCGACUCCAAGCAAGGCAAGGUGUACUGGUCAGACAGCACGCUCAAGAAGAUCGGAAGAGCGAACCUGGACGGCUCCGAGCAGGAGGACCUCAUCACCAGUGGCCUGGUGACCACCGACGGCCUGGCGGUGGACGUGCAGGGCCGCAAGCUCUACUGGGCCGACACGGGCACGAAGCGCAUCGAGGUGGCCAACCUGGACGGGUCGCAGCGCAGUGUGCUCAUCUGGCAGAACCUCGACUCGCCACGGGCCCUCGCGCUCAACCACGACUCCGGGUACAUGUACUGGACGGACUGGGGCGAGAACGCCAAGAUCGAGCGCGCCGGCAUGGACGGCUCGGAGCGCACGACCGUCAUCGCCCACAACCUGGGCUGGCCCAACGGCCUCGUCGUGGACCGUGCCGGCUCGCAGCUCAUCUGGGCCGACGCGCACACGGAGCGCAUCGAGGCGUCGGACCUGAACGGCAACCACCGGCGCACGCUGGUGUCGCCCGUGCAGCACCCGUACGGCCUCACGCUGCUGGGGCAGCACAUCUACUGGACGGACUGGCAAACGCGCAGCGUGCAGCGGGCCGACCGCCUCCGCGGGGGCGCCCCCUUCACCGUGCGCGGAAACCUCGCCGGACUCAUGGACAUCCACGCCGUCGACCGCACGCGCCCGCCCGGUUUCAACAAGUGCGGCACGUUCAACGGCGGCUGCAGCCACCUGUGCCUGGCCCGGCCGAGCGGGCCGGCCUGCGCGUGCCCCACGGGCGUGCGGCUCGCGGCGGACGGGCGCAGCUGCCCCGCGGGGCCCGAGUCGUUCCUGCUCUUCUCGAACCGCGCGUCCAUCCGCCGCGUGUCACUCGACACGGCCGACCACACGGACGUGACGGUGCCCGUGCCCGACCUGCACAACGUCAUCUCGCUCGACCACGACGCCGCGCAGGGGAAGGUCUACUACACCGACGUGCACCUGGACGUCAUCAGGAGGGUGAACCUGGACGGCACGGGCAUGGAGACGGUGAUCGGGGAGGGCCUCACGACCACCGACGGCCUCAGCGUCGAUUGGAUCGCGCGCAACCUCUACUGGACGGACACGGGGCGCAACAGCAUCGAGGUGGCGCGCCUGGACGGCUCCUGCCGCCGCGUGCUCAUCAACCAGAGCCUGGACGAGCCGCGCGCCAUCGCCGUCUUCCCGCGCAAGGGGUACCUGUUCUGGACGGACUGGGGCCACGAGGCCAAGAUCGAGAAGGCGCAACUGGAUGGGUCCGAGCGCCGAGUCCUCGUGAACUCCAACCUGGGCUGGCCCAACGGCCUCACGCUCGACUACGACACCCGGCGCCUGUACUGGGUGGACGCUCAGCUGGACCGCAUCGAGAGCGCCGACCUCAACGGGAAGUCCCGCGCCGUGCUCGUCAGCGAGGUUCCUCACCCCUUCGCCCUCACGCAGCAUGACCGCUUCAUCUACUGGACCGACUGGCAGACCAAGUCGAUCCAGCGCGUGGACAAGCGCACAGGCCGCAACCGCGAGACCAUCCUGCCCAACAUGGAGGGACUCAUGGACAUCAUCGCCGUGUCACCCCUCCGUCAGACUGGUACCAACGCGUGCGGAGACAACAAUGGCGGCUGCUCGCACCUCUGCUUCGCCAGGGCCACGGACUACGUGUGCGCGUGCCCUGACCGGCCCGACCAGCGGCCGUGCUCCAUCGUGCCGGGAGUUGUGCCGGAGCCGCGGGAGACGACCCCCGCAGUGACCAGGUCCACGAGCCGGCCCCUCGCCACCGAGUCGGCGCCCGCCGCCCCAGCGCCGCCGUUCACCGUCGCGCAGACAACGAACCCCGCCAACACCACCGUGAGGUGCAUGGAGAAUGCGGAGGGAGGGCGACUGUGCGGAGCUCUCUACAACGAGACGGCGCGGGUUGCCAGCGAUUCCGGUCUGCACACGGCAUACAUCGUCGGUCUGGCCAUGUCCCUCGUCAGCGUCCUGGCGCUCAUCGCCAUCAUCAUCGUGUGCAGGAAAAAGAAGACUGCAUUUGAGGACCCGACGUCAGACAACCUCAUCUACACGAACCCCUCCUACCGAGUUGCCACGCAGGCCGUGAAGCUGGAGGUCGCGCACAAAGCGCCGGGCAGAAGCCACGUUCACUACAAGGAGGGCCUGGUGGACGUCUCCCCGACGCGGCGGCCUCUGGCGCCCACUGAGGGCCUCCACCUCAUCAAGCACCGCCCGGCAGCCGACGACGACGACGAGUACGACGACGGGUCCUUUUGGGACGGCCGCCUCCGCGAGGGCCCCUGGUGUCCCUCGCGGCCAGGCCCUGGGCGGGCCGCGCGCCGCCACCGCCGCCGCCGCCUCGUCGCUGGGCAGCCACGUGCUGGAGAAGCGGGCGCCCGACGCGGAGACAGAACACCUGCUGCAGGAGGAGACGGAGUCGCAGUGUAGCAGUACCGGCAGCCGCCUGGGGCUGGCGGGUCCCUCGGACGGGUCAUCGCCUGGCGCGCCGCCCAGGCCCGCGUGGGACGUGAUGUACCAGCCGCAGAGGGGCGAGCUCACGGAGAGCGACGUGUGACGGCGUGGGCUUUGCCAAAAAAAUAACUGGUUUAGGUUUUGGGUGGGUUUCGUUUUUUUUGUGGUUUAACUGCAGCCAGUGAUUGACUCUAAACACGUGGAUCAGAAUUGCAAGUUGUUCUUGUUUUUUAUAUGCCCAACAGUAAUGGUGUUGCCCCUCCGUGAUGCAAUGAUUUUUUAAAAAUUUAAUUAUCAAGGGACUCUGGGAGAACUGGAAAGUGAAGCAGCCGUUGGACCACGGCAGGAUAUCACAGACGACGGCAGAAAAUUUGAUAUCUCAUACCUGGAGAUAUCCCCAAGAAGCCUUGACGAGUUGAACUUUCAGAAGACUGCAUUGCCAACAAAGUGGCCAUAACACACACAAGAGAAACUUGACUUUGUAAUUAAAAUGUUUUGAAGAUAUGGUCACGUGCUAAAAGAGAACUAUGCUUUUUUCUUUUUUUAAUCUGUAGAAAGUGUUGCUUUCAUUUAUUACGUGGCGGAGGAGAAAAAAAAACUAUAAGAGUUGUUUUGUUAUAUAGAUGGAAAAAAAAACAUAUUGCAUUAUUUAAUGUUACGGUAAUAACCACUGGGUUUUGUUGGCUGCUUUAUAUUUAAUUUGCAGUAGGCACAUGUUGGUUAUGUUGUAUCGCGGUACGAUAAAACGCGCGGUGUGUAACCCCCUCCCCCCCUUGUAAGGAGACCGUCAAUGGCUUGCAGUGGUACGGUCUUCUGCUGAACGGAUAAAUGUGUCCCCGUGGAAACUCGCAGCUCUUUGUGGGGGGCUCCUUCUCAAACGUGCGCCCCAUUGUCACCCUUCGCCAAGCAGUGCUUAAAUUUCAGGCAUUUUAUUUGCAGUGUAUUUUGUGUGUUGUACAGUUUUUUUUUUUAUUGUUAUUAAUUAAAUUGCCGUUCUUUUAUACUUCUGCAUUAAAUAUCGUUAUGGGGAAUGGACAGGAGAAGCCAAGAAUACGAGGGUGGGAGGGGUGUUUAUUUUUUCCUGGUUAAAUAUUUUCAAUAUAUACAGUCAAUCGCGAAAGAAUAUUGUUUCUGAUAUUGCUUCAGGAGUCAGGCCACAUCAGUAAGAGAUGAUUGUCCGCGUUGCUCACUUGAAUUCGAACUGAAAUACAUUUCACGUCGUGGGCAGUGCCGGUGCGACUCAUCGGUUGCCCAUUGUGGUACAGUCCAAAUUACCUGGUCAAUUGGCUUAGGAACCUUACAAUCGCCCACCCACGUGUUGUGGCGACCAGUCACUGCAAUGGGACUGAUGGGAAACUACACCUUACUAUGAGUAACCUGGAUGAUAUCAUCUCCAUUUUGCCUCACUUUGUAAAUUACACAGUCUAUAUAUAUAUUUUAUUGCAUUGAAAUUAUACUUAUUUUAUGGCAAGUCGUAGAGUUGUAUUAUGACAUAACGUAUGUAUUUAACUAUUGUCAAGAUAGUAUACCAUGAUGUCUAAUAUUGUAUUCUUUUGAACUACUGUUUUGCCAUUUUAUGAUAAUUCUCGUAACUCUCGUAGUACUCGUCGUCGCGAAAAAGAAUUGUUUUGUAUUUACUUUUUGUAAUGUUUACACAAACAACACUUCAUAAACGUUUAAAGCUCGUU